AUGAGGAGGCUGCUGGCACCGCUGAUGGUGACUCUGGCCCUGGCAGUGCUCUGCUGCUGUGAGAAAGAUCCCAAAGACCCCUCUGGAUCUCCCAGCACUCCCAGCAUCAAGAUCAAAAAGGAAGUUGCCAAUGCCUUUGUGAAGAGGCAGAAGAGAUUCAGCAUGUCUGAAUGGUACUCCCAGUAUUACAAAAGUCCGAUGGAGCAGAUGCGUGAGCAUUGUGAAAACUACCCACCCUGUGACUAUCUCUCUGAGCAAAUAGGAUUUCCCAUGGCCUACAACCAUUUCUUCAGGAGAUACUGA